CCUCCACAUUCAUUGGCGUCGUUCUAAAACGUUUUCGAAUUUAAUUAAAAUUGGUAAUUUAGUUGAAGUCAAAUCAACAAUGGCGAGUGGAAAACAUCCUUUGAUUUCAGUGGUUCCCGAAACUGAAACUACUUCCGAUGGUGUUAAGUCCAAAAUCCGUAAGACAAUCGAAUAUAUUCGGUCUACACGUUAUACAGAAAUUGUGGAAGCCAACGAUGAAACAACCUCAGGUCCUUCCGGAAUGGUUACCAGUGGAGGCAUACCCAACACGCGCGAUGAUGGCAAUAAAAGCGUUGCCAACAGUAUUGGUUUAUUGGAUAGUACACCGGAAGUGAUUGAUUUAGAGAAGCAACAAUUCAGAGAAUCAUGCCAGAAACUAGUAGAGCCAUAUUUGGUACGAAUGGAUCAAAUGUCCGAGAAAUUGAAGAAUGAUGGUAAUGAAAUAAUUGAGAAAGCUCAAAAGUUAGAGGAGAAAAUAACGAAAGACAAAAAGUUAAUCCGAGAGAAGUUACUUGAGGUAUUCGAGGCUGGCAAGAAGAAUCGCGAAAAACGGGAUUUAAUGUUUAAGACCUUGUUGGACAAAUUUUAACUACAGUGCAGUUUUUCUCUACCUAAAGCCAAACAUGUAAUGAUACUUUCUGAUGA